CUUUGCACACUAUGAAAUAUUCACCCCUGGCACUGUUUCAGUGGCUGCGUGGCAUUUGGAUGACCAAAUGACCUCGGUAUCGUGGUGUGUGGCAUUCUGACGAGUUCGAGUCGAUACUUGCCCCACGCAUGCCAAGGGGCCCCGACGCAAUGAUUGCGUUCCUUCUCUGGCGACACCGAAAUAUCUGGGCAUUAUCACCGAGCGUUAAGGAACGUGUUUCUGAUCUUCUGAAUUUCAACCAUGUUGUCAAACUGCUUACAAAAUUUUCUAAAAGCCUCACGCUCUCGUCCGUAUCCAGCGUCAUGCUGUUGCUCAUUAAGCAAACGCAAGUUUUCUGGAACGAUGCCAGCAGUCAUGUUGCAUAGGCGAGUUGUUGUCACAGGCAUCGGACUAGUGACACCACUUGGUGUUGGGACUCAACUAGUUUGGGAUCGGCUUCUCCGAGGAGAGAGUGGAAUUGUUUCUGUGGUUGGUGAUGAGUACAAGAGUAUUCCUUGCAGGGUAGCUGCUUACGUGCCAAGAGGUACUGAUGAAGGUCAGUUCCAUGAGCAAAACUUUGUGUCCAAAUCAGACACCAAGGCCAUGUCGUCGCCCACCAUCAUGGCCAUAGCGGCAGCAGAGUUGGCCCUGACGGACUCUGGCUGGCAUCCGAAGUCAGAAGCUGAUCAGGUGGCCACUGGCGUGGCCAUUGGCAUGGGAAUGGUUCCUCUUGAAGUUGUUUCUGAAACUGCUUUGUUGUUUCAGACCAAAGGCUACAAUAAAGUCAGCCCAUUCUUUGUCCCUAAGAUUCUGGUCAAUAUGGCCGCAGGCCAGGUCAGCAUUCGCUAUAAACUCAAGGGCCCCAAUCACACAGUGUCCACCGCCUGCACAACAGGAGCACAUGCUGUGGGAGACUCCUUUAGAUUUAUAGCCCAUGGCGAUGCCGAUGUGAUGGUGGCCGGGGGCACAGAUUCUUGCAUUAGUCCUUUAUCGCUUGCUGGGUUUUCCAGAGCCAGGGCUCUGAGCAUGAACCCGGAUCCUAAGCUGGCCUGCCGACCAUUCCAUCCAGAGCGAGAUGGGUUUGUCAUGGGCGAGGGUGCUGCUGUGCUGGUGUUGGAAGAACGUGAACAUGCUGUUCAGAGAGGAGCCCGGAUUUAUGCAGAAGUUCUGGGCUAUGGACUCUCGGGUGAUGCUGGUCACAUAACUGCCCCCGAUUCUGAAGGAGAAGGUGCCUUCAGAUGCAUGGCUGCUGCUGUAAGAGAUGCAGGUGUGUUGCCUGAAGAGAUAUCCUAUGUCAACGCGCAUGCCACAUCCACACCACUGGGCGACGCUGCUGAAAACAGAGCCAUCAAGAGGCUCUUCGGAGACCAUGCUGGCGCCCUUGCCAUAUCCUCCACAAAGGGAGCCACCGGCCAUCUGCUGGGGGCUGCAGGGGCCAUCGAGGCAGCUUUUACUGCACUGGCUUGUUACCAUCAAAAACUACCACCAACUCUAAACCUGGAUUGCACAGAGCCAGAAUUUGAUCUCAAUUAUGUUCCACUGAAGGCGCAAGAAUGGAAAACUGAGGGGCGAUGUAUUGGACUCACCAAUUCCUUUGGGUUUGGAGGUACUAAUGCAACACUUUGUAUUGCUGGCAUGUAAACUUUGCCUUUUAAUUGUCAUAAAUGUAUAAAUAACGUGCAUGUCCAUAUGUUUAAAAUCAAUACCCAGAUGUCUUUAACACAGUUGGUAUUUGUAGGAGGGCAGUUCUUGCUAGGGAAGGGGCUGCCAGUUGCUUUGUAUUUUAAAGCAACUUGGUGUCUCCUGUGAGAUACCAAGUACUGGCAACUAGUGACAACCAGAUUUGUCUCUAGACAUUGCCUUAUGUGUUCUGGGGGACAAAAUAACCUGCACCCAUCAACUAUUUGAUUUAUAUUUUCCUAAUGCUCCAAAUCAAAUAACUCCUGUCCUUUUCAGAUAUUUAUUUAGAGACUAGCUCCUCCAAGCAAGGCUGUGUUGCUGCGUGUUAUGACUCCAGAGUCACCAUUUUUUGCACAACACAUAAGAAGGAAUUAUAUAAGUAGGAGGACGUGCCAUCAGUCAGCAUCCUUUGAGGGCAGCUGUCAGCCAGUGAUGACCUAGUCACCUAUCCAGGUGUCAUUAGUGGAAUUUCCCAGAACUAUGAAGUUUUCAUUUCUUGGAAAGAGGAAAUGAAACUGGUUUGACAUUUCUUGUUCUGGGUGUAUUUUGCCGUGAAGAAUGACACAGAGACCUUUUGUGAAAGACACCGUUGGUAAAUUAGGCCACCUUCCUGCAGUCUACCUUUGUGUCUGUGGGAAUGUUCCACCAGCUUCCCACUCUGAGAGUCAGCGGGCCCUCUACUUUGCUGCUCUUCUCCUCUAAAGCCAGAGGAACAAGCUACCCAGAGGUGACAACCAGUCAGAGAAGCACUUGGUAGGCGGGGCCUUUACUUCAGAGUAAGUGCUUUAUCUCUAUUCAGUCCCUCAGGUCUGAAGCGAAGCUUCCUUCAGGUGCCACGGCAUUUUCCCGGCUCAGGGACACCUUCAACUUUUCUGUCCCUGUUCUGCUUUCAUGGCUUUUAUCCCUAUCCCAUGAGUCAUCCCCAAACAAACUGCCUUUUCUUCGUCCCUGCUUUCUCUGCGGCUCACACAAUGAAAUGGGGUAAAAGAGGAUAAAUGGUUAUGUGCCUUUUGCAGAAGUUAGUGCAUUUCCACACUUUACCCCAAACUUCUUGUUCUUGUUUUAAUUUUUUUAUAUUUUAAAAAUAACAUGCAUGAAUGUUUUCCAUGUGUGUAUGCAUAUGUGUAUCAUGUUUGAGCCUGGUGCACAGGGAGGCCAAGACAAGGCAUUGAGUCUGGUGCAUAGAGAGACCAAGACAAGGCAUUGAGCCUGGUGCACAGGGAGGCCAAGACAAGGCAUUGAGCCUGGUGCACAGGGAGGCCAAGACAAGGCAUUGAGCCUGGUGCAUAGAGAGGCCAAGACAAGGCAUUGAGCUUGGUGCACAGGCAUCAGAUCCCCAGGAACUUCAGUCGUGGAUGGAUUUGAAUCACCACAUGUGUGCUUAGGACUAAACUCCGGUCCUCUGAAGAGCAACCGGUCUCUUAACUACUGAGCCAUCUCUGCAGCCCCUUGUCCUUGGUUUUUAAGACCCGUAUGUGGUUGGGGCAUGUCUUCGGGUGCAUGUGCCUCAGUGGUGGUCAGAGGACAACUUUGUGGAGUUGGUUUUCUCCUCCCACUUUUAUAUGAGUUCCAGGAAUCAAACUCAGGUCUUCAGGCUUACAUUGCAAACACCUUUAUCUGCUGAGCCUUCGUGAGGAGCCAGUUUUUCAAUUAAAAAAGAAAAUAGCCUCUUGCUUUGUAGCACAAGCUGGCUCCAAAUGUUCUGUGUAGCUCAGGCUGGCCCCAAACUUGACAUGCAGAACAAGCAGACUAUGAAUUCCCAACUGUAGAUAUAAAUUUGUGGUUACCCACCGAACCCAGAUUAGUUUAAUUGACUGACUGCCGUUCUCCCUCCUUUAAUGCUUAAACACUAAAUGUAAUCAGUAUUAAUUUCCAUUAACAUGUGUCUGCUCAGCCGAGAACUUAGUGGGGGCUCUGUGUUGUCACCAGUAAGAACAAAAGUAUACACUAGAGAAGAUCCAAAGACAACUGAAUACAUCCAUGUCAGCAAAUAUCAAGUUAAGGGGGAAGAUGAGAAGGGAACAAUAUUCCAGCCUGAGGGGAUUCAGUGUAGAAAGUUCUAGAAGUUAAAACACUUGUGCUAAACAAAUCCACUAUACUUUAAGGUGGGAGGUUGGGAGAUAAUGCCAGAAGAUCUGUUAAAUGUUGGGUCGCAGAGGACCUGGCAAGUUUCAAGGAAGUGAGGGUAAUAAGCCACUUAAGAUCUGAAAUGGUAGACUGGCUUUGUAUUGUGUCUAUUUGGCUGGCCUGAACUGUUUCCCUGCAUUCACAUCUUGCUUAGGGUUGGUUGUGAGAGAUUUCUUACGAGUGAUAUGAAAGAUGUUAUUAAAUCUUAAUGGGAGUCAGUGAGUGAGCCUGCAACUGUUUCUUCCUGAGUCCUGAAUUGUUCCUAACUCCUGCAAAAGUAUGCCCUUGGCUCCACGACACUGGAUAAGCCCAGCUAGCCCCAGCCCAUGCCAUCAAAAUAAAACACAGGAACUUGUCA